GUACAAUAUAGUAGUUCCUGUGCAUGGCGGCGGAUACUGAAGCUGAGAGCUGUUAUAUUACCAUGGAUUCACGUCCAGAAUGAUACUAUUUUCUGGGAUUCGCAAGAGAUGCAGGUUUAUUCGAUAAGAAGAGUUUGAGAGACGUUUAGAAGAAAGGCUCCUAAGGUUCCUUGGCAUAAACUUGUUUGGAGCAGUGUUUGUCCUCCUCGAUACAGCUUAAUAGCAUGGAUUGUCAUAAAAAAAGCUAUUGUAACAAGAGACAAGCUGUUGAAGUGGGGCAAGAUCAGAGAUGCCUUCUGCCCUCCCUGUUGGAAGGAUACUGAAAAUAGAGAUCAUCUCUUUCUCCAGUGCUCUUUUGCUCGCCAGCUUGCUAAUCAUAUGCAUUGCCAACUGUUGAGACACACUGAUUGGGACACGAUGGUACAUGUUGUGAGCACUAUAGUCUGCAGCAACACUCAGGUAGGGAAAUGGCAUGCAGUAGUAUGGUGUGUUCUGAUUGCAUUUAUAUAGAAGGAAAGAUGUGGUUUGGUUCAUGGCUCUUCACUCCGGUCUUCUGAUAAAGUAGCAGAUAUACUGAAGGCGGAUCUUUUAUUUCUAACAUGUGGGAACAGGGCAAUUCGUGUUAGGCUUACAGAACUUGGAUACUUGUAUUUUAUUUUUAUUUUUUAUUCUUACACUGUACGUAGGCUGGUAGAGGAAAAGAGUUGUUAGCGAGCUUGUUCUUCUACCCUCGGGAUCAUGAUUCAUGGGUUCCCGCUUUGUUGUAUCGAUUUCUUAUUGGCAAUAAAAGUUAGUGAUUCAACGGGGGAAAAAUCAGUGCUGUCAAAGCCGAGCCGAGCCGCCAAAACCGCCACCCGGCCAUAAAACCAGCUCGACUCAACUAUUUAGCCGGAGUGGUUAUUUGGGGCGGCCGGAGAGCGGCCGAAGCGGUUAACCGCUUGAACCGCUCGAGCCGCUCGCCCGGUUUUUUUACCUUUGGGCCGGUUGCUUUAAUUAAAAAAAAACUAAAAUAUCGAAAAUGAAAGGGGAGGCUACUGUGCUGAAACCCUAAUUUCAUUCUUCCUCUUCGCGUAGACAGCCAGACACGAAGGAGAAGCAGCUUCCUCCUCCGCAGCCGCCGUUCCCCGUAGCCCGACGCCGUCGUCGUUCACCAUCACUCGACGCCGUCGCCGUUCGCCAUCGCUCGACGUCGUCGCCGUUCGCCAUCGCUCGACGCCACUCUCCCGUCGCCCGUCUCCAUAGUCGUCGUCGUCUUCGGCGGCUCGUUCCCCGCUCCUGCCGGCGAGCGCAACGGCCGGCCGGUGAGGUCUCCCUUCUCCCUUCUCCGGUCACGGCUGCCUCUCCCCUGCAUCGACCCCUGCUGUCCAUAGACACUCUGCUUCCAGGUUUCUAAUAACCCCUGUUCUCCUUUUUCUUUCUACUUUCUAUUUGUCUUCCUCAUGUCUCUGUGUAUAUGAUAUCCAUAGAAUAGCGCUGUAGAUUUCCUCCUCUUGAUUCUAAUUUGGUCUGAAAGGUGCGACUUUCUUGUUAAUUUGGCCGGUGUUAUUAUUGUGUAUACUUGCUUUCUCUUUUGUGAGCUUUCCUUAUUACCUGUCUGCAUCACAUAGUCAUCAUGUCUUUUCCAUCUGUAAUAUACAUCUAGCUAACAAAGAAUGAGUUAAGAAAACUAGAAAUUGGUUCUGUUGUUGGUUGUCAAAUUUCAUGAACAAAUUGUAAACUGAUAAGAACCACGAAAAAGAAAGAGUAACUUUCAGAUUGGGUAUUUGGGAAACUAAAGUUUCGAGAGUCUCUCAGGUACGUGCAAUGGACAAGAACAAAUUUCAAGUGAUGGGUAGCUCUCUACAUCAUUUCUGCUUUGCUUGUGUAAAUUACAUUUGUUCCAGGGGGCAUGUCCCUUUUUGUGUAGGAGUAGGAUUAUUGUCUCUCUGUUGGACUAACGGCAGAGUAAGAGUGAUAAAUAUAUUGAAGUUAAUUGUCUAUGGAGAAGAGUUGGGUGAGAGUUGGGUGGGAACUGAUACCAUGAUUAAGAAGUGUCUACUAUUUAUACAAAUGACUAUUUAUUAGGUACCGGUUCUCAAACGGGUUUUAAACGGUCUAAUGCCGGCUGGACCACUAAAGACCGAGCCGUUCAUGUUACCGGGUCAUACUCCGGUUCGGUUCUGACAACAUUGGAAAAAAUGCAAACAAGCACUCUCUCGUUUGGAUAUAAUCCACCUGCUACACUAGUUUUAGAAAUAAUUUCCAAUACCCACUUAACAUUAGAAUUUUUGCAAUUAUUCAUAUUGUAAUUGUAUAUGUUCAAGAUAGGGAGAGGGAGCUGACAUGGCGUCUCUACAGUUCGGAUUAUCCUCUUCCUUCGCGAGCCUUCCGACAGCCUCCCGCUUCCGUCGGGUGUCAGUUCGCUGCUCCGGCGAUCGGCAGGUCCUCUUCAAUCGUAUCGCUCCUGUCUAUGACAAUCUUAAUGAUUUGCUGAGCUUGGGCCAGCAUCGAGUGUGGAAACGAAUGGCCAUUUCUUGGACUGGAGCCAAGGAGAAGGACACAGUUCUGGAUAUAUGCUGCGGAAGUGGGGAUUUGACGUUUCUUUUGUCUGAGAAAGUUGGGCCUACUGGCAAGGUAAUAGGGGUGGAUUUCUCAAAAGAGCAGCUGAAUGUUGCUUCAUCUCGGCAGAACUCCCGGUGGAGAGCAUGCUACGAGAGCAUAGAGUUUGUAGAGGGCGACGCCACUGAUUUGCCUUUCUCCAAUUGUCAAUUUGAUGCCAUCACCAUGGGGUAUGGUCUACGGAAUGUGGUGGACAAGAAAAAGGCAAUGCAGGAGAUGUUUCGAGUCCUCAAACCAGGGGGGAAAGCAUCCAUUCUGGACUUCAAUAAGAGCACCAAACCAUUUGUUGCCUCGUUUCAGGAAUGGAUGAUCGACAAUGUAGUUGUACCUGUGGCAACCGGAUAUGGUCUGGCAGAGGAGUAUGAAUACUUGAAGAACUCUAUUAGAGAAUUUUUAACUGGGAAGGAGUUGGAGGAACUUGCUAUACAAGCUGGUUUCUCCAUGGCCUCGCAUUAUGAGUUCAGUGGGGGAUUGAUGGGGAACCUUGUAGUGACUCGGUAGACUGGAUUGUGCAGUCUAUUGGGUCUAUGAUCCUUAAAUUACUCUACGUAACUGGAUAUCUGUGAAUGAAAGCUGAUUUCUGCUGACAUCGUAAGGUCUCUGGAACCACAAGUCGAAUGGUGUCAACCAAUCUUAUUUCUCGGGAUCUCUCAUCACUCUUUGGCAAGUGUAAAAGUCCAACAGCAAACAGUAAGAUGAAUUCAUUCUAGUGAUGCAUGGAGAAUGCUCUACUUAAUUUGGGAAGUAGUUCGUUUUCAAGGUUUCGAUGCCCCCUCUAGCAUGCUAUUUUACAUGUCUUUUAUUGAAUACAUUCCCGAGUUCCCA